AUGGCUUCCAGGCGGGCGCAGCAGCCUUUGCGAGAAUUGGCACGCAGCAUGCGUUGCGCUGUCCAAGCCGACGGCAGCUCUUCUAGCCGCGUAAGGCUGGCGCCUUCUUACCCAUCGCCAAGCCGAUACUCACAGGCACGAGGGCUGGCAUCUGCCGCACCUAGCACAGCGUCGCCAUCAACAUCCGCAGCAGCAUCACCGUCACCGAUUCCCACGAAAGGUAGCGACUAUCGCUCGUCUCCUGCUCUCGGUACCAAGGUCACGGGCGAGACAGUGCUUUCGCAUUUCUCGUCGGCACCUUUCGCAUCUUCGUCUUCGGAUCUGCUUGGCUCGAACGCAGAGCUUGCACUUCGAGCCGUCACACAUGAGUCGUACUUGAACGCACGCGAGGGACACAACCGUCGACUUGCAUUUGUGGGACGAAGGACGCUCAAGCUAUUCACCACACUGUAUCUGCACUCGCGCCUGCAGACAGCAUCAAAAGGUGACGCUGUACACAACUACAUCAACCGCCUGCUAGAGUCGCCUUCGGCUGUCGACUCGAUCUUGAGCACGCAUCGGCUCGGAGACAAGGUGGGCCGGGAGCUUGGUCUCGAAAAGGUCAUGCGAUGGACGCCAGCAGUGACCGACGGACAGUUGGGACCAAGAGAGACGGGACUGUACAAAGUACGAGGUGUUGCCGUCGAGGCGAUAGUAGGUGCCAUCUACCACCAGAAAGGCGCCUUCGAGGCAUCGAAGUUCUUCCACAGCUGGGUUUUGCCCUCAUUGCUAGAGGACGGCUUCCCCGGACCUGUUCCAGAAGAACUUACGAAGGGCAUCGCUUUGCCAAAAGCCCAAGCAUAG